AUGGACAGCUACCCCUCCGUCACCAUCUCAGAGCGCGAAUGCGCUUCUCGCAACCCUUCCAGCUCGUCGAAAGCCUCGACGACCAAAUCCUCAUAUCAAGGCCAGCACGCACCAACACUUCGCAAUGACUCUGCGCAAUCAGAGGCAUCGAUAACGCUGGCCGCUGAGUACACGCAGUACACAGACGCGCCGCCGCCGUACUCCGACAAGCAGUACGAGGGCAAAAGCGAGGAGCAGCAAAACAAGAUGCGCAUGGCCGACUACGCCAAGGAAAUCAACCGUCAGAUGGGCAAGCAGUUGGUUACGGGGUUGAAGAGCGGAGAGACGAAGGUCGAGUAG